UUCAAAGGAGGAAAUAUGGCGGAAAACAAAGGAGGAGGAGGCGGCGGUGGCGGGGAGGGGGCUGGGGAGGCCGGGCAGGCCGGGGGUGGUAACGAGUCUGUCACCUCCGCCGCGGCGGCCGUUGUCACCUCAGCUGCGGCGGCCGUUGCGUCCCCGUCCCCUCCAGCCCCCGCCGCGCCCGAGGAGAGGGAGAGUCCCAGUGCGGUGGUCCUGGCGGUGGCGGCGGCAGACAAGGGCCCCGGGGAGGCGGAGGCCGCGACGCCCGUGUUAGUGACCGUAGGCCCGGCGCCGGGCCCCGUGCCGCUGGCUCCGCUGGGCCCCAGCCCCGCGCCCCCCGCCCUCUCCAGCGCCGCGCCGGGCCCGCUGUCGCUGCUGGACACCUGCGCAGUGUGCGCGCAGAGCCUGCAGAGCCGGGAGGCCGAGCCGAAGCUGCUGCCCUGCCUGCACUCCUUCUGCCGGCGCUGCCUGCCGGAGCCCGAGCGCCAGCUGAACGUGCCCGUGCCCGGCGGCGCCAACGGGGACAUCCAGCAGGUUGGUGUGAUCAGGUGUCCAAUCUGUCGCCAGGAAUGCAGGCAAAUAGAUUUGGUAGACAACUACUUUGUCAAAGACACAUCUGAAGCACCCAGCAGCUCUGAUGAGAAAUCAGAACAGGUGUGCACCAGCUGUGAAGAUAAUUCUAGUGCUGUUGGUUUCUGUGUGGAAUGUGGAGAAUGGCUGUGCAAAACCUGCAUAGAAGCUCAUCAACGAGUUAAAUUUACUAAGGAUCACAUGAUUAGAAAGAAAGAAGAUGUCUCUUCAGAGGCUGUUGGAGCAUCUGGUCAGCGUCAUGUUUUCUGUCCUGUGCACAAACAAGAACAGCUAAAACUCUUCUGUGAAACUUGUGACAGACUGACAUGCAGAGACUGCCAGUUAUUGGAACACAAAGAACAUAGGUACCAGUUUUUGGAAGAAGCGUUUCAGAAUCAAAAGGGUGCUAUUGAGAAUCUAUUAGCCAAACUCCUUGAAAAGAAGAAUUAUGUUAACUUUGCAGCUACUCAGGUGCAAAAUAGGAUAAAAGAAGUAAAUGAAACUAACAAACGAGUAGAACAGGAAAUCAAAGUGGCUAUUUUUACCCUCAUUAAUGAAAUCAAUAAAAAAGGAAAAGCUCUCCUACAACAGCUUGAGACUGUAACAAAGGAGAGACAGAUGAAGCUAAUACAGCAGCAGAACGAUAUCAGUGGUCUAUCACGGCAGGUGAAACAUGUGAUGAACUUUACUAAUUGGGCCAUUGCAAGUGGCAGCAGCACUGCAUUACUCUAUAGCAAGCGACUGAUCACGUUCCAGCUGCGACAUAUUUUAAAAGCACGAUGUGAUCCUGUCCCAGCUGCUAAUGGAGCAAUACGCUUCCAUUGUGAUCCCACAUUCUGGGCAAAGAAUGUAGUCAACUUAGCAGCAACUCCUCUUACUCUGUUGGAGGACACUUUCGAGGUUCCUCAAGCUUCAGGGCAGCUUGUUGGGCACUGUGAGGGGAUGCUUCUGGAAAGGGGGAGGUAUCGGAACCCCCCACUACAUGUGCAGAGCUCAUCAUGUGGCCCUUUGGAUUGGGGCUAUACAUUGGGAACUGAAAAAGGUAAUCUUGUUAUUGAAAGCAAACCAACCCAAGGUUAUACUCCUAAUGUAGUAGUGGGACAAGUUCCUCCGGGAACAAACCACAUCAGCAAACCUCCACCGCAAAUUAAUCUUGCACAGCUUCGGCUCCAGCAUAUGCAACAGCAGGUGUACGCACAACAAAAACACCAGCAGUUACAACAGAUGAGGAUGGGGCAGCCUGCCGGGCAGAUCCCUCGCCAGGCAGGCCCACAGAUGCUGCAGCAACAGCCUCCGAGGUUGAUAAGUAUGCAGACCAUGCAGAGGGGAAUGAAUUGCGGUGCUUUCCAAGCCCACCAGAUGAGAAUGGCUCAGAACACUGCUCGUCUCCCAGGGAUACCGCGCCACAACGGGCCCCAGUACAUGAUGCAGCCACACUUACAAAGACAAGUAUAUGCUCAUUCAAACCCAGGACAUGCAGGUCCCUUCCCAGUUGUUUCAGUGCACAAUAAUACUAUCAACCCAACAAGCCCUACAACAGCCACCAUGGCCAAUGCGAACCGUGGUCCAACAAGCCCAUCUGUAGCAGCAAUAGAGCUUAUUCCAUCAGUAACCAACCCAGAAAAUUUGCCUUCCUUGCCAGAUAUUCCUCCUAUACAGCUGGAAGAUGCUGGUUCCAGUAACUUAGAUAAUUUACUAAGUAGGUAUAUCGCAGGCAGCCAUCUACCCCCUCAGCCUAUAAGCAGUAUGAAUCCCUCCCCUGGGCCCUCAGCCCUGUCUCCAGGCUCAUCAGGUUUAUCCAAUUCACACACCCCUGUGAGGCCACCUAGUACCUCCAGCACGGGCAGUAGAGGCAGCUGUGGCUCAUCAGGCCGAACUGUGGAAAAGAACAAUAUUAGUUUCAAGACUGAACAUGUGAAAGUUAAGCAGGAGCCAGGCACAGAAGAAGAGGUAUGCAGUUACUCGGGACCAGUGAAGCAAGAAAAAACAGAGGAUGGCAGGAGGAGUGCUUGCAUGCUUAGCAGUCCUGAGAGCAGCUUGACUCCACCACUUUCCACAAACUUGCAUUUGGAGAGUGAAUUGGAAGCACUGGGAAGUAUAGAAAACCAUGUUAAAACUGAACCAGCAGACUUGAGUGAAAGCUGCAAACAGUCUGGACACAGUCUUGUAAAUGGCAAGUCCCCAGUGCGUAGCCUCAUGCAUCGAUCAGCUAGAUCUGGUGGAGAAGGCAACAACAAAGAUGAAGAUCCCAAUGAAGACUGGUGUGCUGUGUGCCAAAAUGGAGGAGACCUGUUAUGUUGUGAAAAGUGCCCAAAGGUUUUCCACCUCACAUGUCAUGUACCCACUCUCCUCAGCUUCCCAAGUGGAGACUGGAUAUGUACAUUUUGCCGUGAUCUUAGCAAACCCGAAGUGGAAUAUGACUGUGACAACUUGCAACAUAGUAAGAAGGGGAAAACUGCACAAGGUUUGAGUCCUGUGGACCAAAGGAAAUGUGAGCGCCUCCUGCUUUACUUGUAUUGCCACGAGCUGAGCAUUGAAUUCCAAGAGCCAGUCCCAGCCUCGAUACCAAAUUACUAUAAAAUAAUAAAGAAACCAAUGGAUUUAUCUACAGUGAAGAAGAAACUGCAGAAGAAACAUUCCCAGCACUACCAGACACCUGAAGAUUUUGUGGCAGAUGUUCGGCUGAUCUUCAAGAACUGUGAAAGGUUUAAUGAAAUGAUGAAAGUUGUUCAAGUUUAUGCAGAAACACAAGAAAUUAAUUUUAAGGGUGAUUCAGAAGUAGCACAGGCAGGGAAGGCAGUUGCGUUAUACUUUGAAGAUAAACUUACAGAGAUCUACCCAGACAGGACCUUCCAGCCUUUACCUGAAUUUGAGCAAGAAGAGGACGAUGCUGAAAUAACAGAUGACUCCGAUGAAGAUUUUAUACAGCCGCGUAGAAAACGUCUAAAAUCGGAUGAGAGACCGGUGCAUAUAAAGUAACCUGAUUAAAAUGGACCUAAACUAUUGUAAAAAGAAAAACAUAUUUAAGUGUUCCUGGAAUAUUAUCUUGCCUUCAGUGGCCAUCUUAUUGAAGCUGAUAGUGUUCAGACAGUAUUAGAAUACAAAAAGCAUUUGUACAGAAACAUACUUGUCAAAAAGGGGGGGAAAGCUUUCAACUUCUGUUCCAAUUUUUUUGUUUUUAGUGUUUGAAUUUUCAUUUUUCACUUGAGAAUACUCCCUCAUUUCUCAGAUAUGUGUGUGGGAUGAAUGUUGAUAAAGAAAUGAGUUUUAUAUCACAACAUUUGUAUGAACAGUGAACACUUGUCACUACUUAGUAACCAUUUCUGAAAGACUGGACCAAGGCAGUCAUGUUUGCUUCCAUGCUAGGCAGCAGUUUAAACUGCAAGAAACCUUCCUCAAGAUCCUCUUCAUGCAACCCUUGGUGUGAAUUCGAUUGUUUUUAUUCAUCGUCUCAUCUAAGUGGUAUUGCGAGUAUCAUAUUCUGCGUUGGGUCAAAUAGCUGGGUUCUGCUUUCUUUUACUGACUGUGUAUAGAGAAGUAUCGUGACUUGAUCAUUAAAACAUUUUGAAUUGGAGAAUGCAGGAGUGCAAGUUCUUCAUAUGUGCUUCAUUAAGUAUGGUUGCAAUUAAUGCUUUUCGUGGUCUUGAGUGGAAGUCCUAUGCACAGAACACUUAAGUGAGUAUCCUCUUGGAGUUUAUUAAUCCUAUUUUUCUUCCCUUGAAAGGCAGGAUGUUGGCUGCAAUACUGGUUAUAGAGAUCCUAAUAAUAUCAGAAUUAGACUAUGAAGUUAAUAGUUGGUGACUGUCCAGUCUUCCCUAAUAUCAAUUUCUGAUAGACCACUAUCAGCAAACAGUAACUUUGUCAACUACCAAAUGUGUAAAAUUUUCUGUAUUCACUCUGUCUUAUUUGUAAAUAGUGUUAUUGUAAAUCCUUUCUGACAGCAACAUUUGCUAGUCUGUUUUUAAGCUAAUAUGUAUUCUUACUAAUGUUCCUAAUCGAGAACAGAUUUGUAAUAUGUUGUUUAUUUCUAAAACUGAGUUCAUAGUUUGA